GCAGUCGAGUCCACGUGACCUGUGUUCGGGCGGCGGCGGCGGAAAUGGCGGCCCGUCAGGAGGUGGCGACGCGAGUGGAAUAAGAGAGACACAGAGAAGGGGUACGGAAAGGAGUUGGUCGUCGUGUACGUUUUCCGUGAAGCGGAGUGGUGAAAAGUGGGCGAGUAAACCGGAGCCUUUCGAAAACGGUAUACUUGACGAUUGCAUUUGUUGUGUGAUUACGACAUAAUGGCUGCUGUCACAACGCAGAGUUUAUUGACCUAUGUUGAGGAGGAGAAUAUCACUGCUUUUAAGGCAUUGCUGGAGAAGUGCAAAGAUGUGGAUGAAAGGAAUGAGACCGGGCAGACUCCACUGAUGCUGGCAGCAGAGCAAGGGAAUUUGGAGAUAGUGCAAGAAUUGCUCAAAAGAGGAGCCAACUGCAACCUGGAAGAUGCUGAUAACUGGACAGCUCUGAUUUCAGCUGCAAAAGAAGGAUAUUUGGAAAUUGUGAGCGAGCUCAUUAACUUCAAUGCCAACCUGGAACAUAGAGAUAUGGGCGGCUGGACUGCCCUUAUGUGGGCAGCAUACAAAGGAAACACAGAAAUUUCUCGAUUGCUGCUUCAGAAAGGAGCAAACCCAAAUAUUACUGGACAGUAUAGUGUUUACCCUAUUAUUUGGGCAGCUGGACGAGGGCAUCAUGAAAUUGUUGAACUUCUGCUGCAACAUGGAGCCAAGGUCAACUGCUCUGACAAAUAUGGAACAACUCCAUUGAUAUGGGCUGCCAGAAAGGGUCAUCUUCAGUGUGUGAAACACUUGUUGGAAAUGGGUGCUGAUGUUGAUCAGGAAGGAGCUAACUCUAUGACUGCUUUAAUAGUGGCAGUUAAAGGCGGCUACACGGAAGGAGUGAAGGAGUUGUUAAAGUACAAUCCAAAUGUUAAUCUGACUGACAAAGAUGGGAAUACAGCCUUGAUGAUUGCUGCCAAGGAAGGACACAUUGAAAUUGUUCAGGAUCUGUUGGACGCUGGUACUUACGUCAAUAUCCCUGACAGGAGUGGAGACACUGUCCUAAUUGGUGCUGUGAAAGGUGGACAUGUGGAGAUUGUGAGGGCUUUACUGCAAAAAUAUGCGGACAUAGAUAUAAAGGGAACAGAUAAUAAGACUGCUCUAUAUUGGGCUGUGGAGAAAGGAAAUGCAACCAUAGUAAGGGAUAUUCUUCAGUGCAAUCCUGACACAGAAAUUUGCAUUAAGGAUGGUGAGACACCUCUCAUUAAAGCAACUAAAAUGCGAAAUAUUGAAAUAGUUGAACUUUUAUUGGAUAAGGGAGCCAAAGUAUCAGCAGCAGAUAAGAAGGGAGACACUCCACUUCACAUAGCAAUUCGUGGAAGAAGCAGAAAAUUAGCUGAAUUGCUGUUGAGGAACCCUAAAGACGGCCGUCUGCUGUACCGACCGAACAAAGCGGGUGAAACUCCAUACAACAUAGAUUGCAGCCAUCAGAAAAGCAUUUUGACACAGAUAUUUGGAGCAAGACAUCUGUCACCAUCGGAGACGGAUGGAGAUAUGCUUGGCUAUGACCUGUACAGUAGUGCACUGGCAGACAUUCUGAGUGAACCAACUAUGCAACCUCCUAUUUGUGUUGGACUUUAUGCACAGUGGGGAAGUGGAAAAUCUUUCCUUUUGAAAAAGCUUGAAGAUGAAAUGAAGACAUUUGCUGGUCAGCAAGUGGAACCUCUCUUCCAGUUUUCUUGGUUGGUGGUGUUUAUUACACUGUUAAUAUGUGGAGGAACAGGAGUACUUCUUGGCUUCGCAGUUGAUCUGAAGCUUGGCAUAGCAGUUGGACUGAGUCUACUGGCACUUAUUUACAUUUUCUUUGCAAUUGUUUACUUUGGUGGUCGGCAAGAGGGAGAAAAUUGGAAUUGGGCUUGGGUAUUGAGUACUAAACUUGCUCGGCAAAUCGGCUAUCUGGAGCUGUUGCUUAAAUUGAUGUUUGUGAACCCACCAGAACUGCCAGAACAGACCUCCAGAGCCUUGCCUGUCAGAUUUCUUUUCACAGACUACAACAGGCUGUCAAGUGUUGGUGGAGAAACAUCUAUGGCCGAGAUGAUUGCAACCCUUUCUGAUGCUUGUGAAAGAGAGUUUGGUUUCUUGGCAACAAGACUUUUUAGAGUAUUUAAGACUGAUGAUACACAAGGUAAAAAAGGAGUGAAGAAAUGGAAAAAGACCUGCUGUAUCCCUUCAUUUGUAAUCUUUAUUUUUAUCUUGUGUUGCUUUGUUGCUGGCGUCUUGCUGCUGGCCAUCUUCAAGGCAGAUAAGGAACACCUGACUGUAAAUGCCAUCCUGAUAUCAGUUGCCAGUAUCAUUGGCCUUGCACUGGUUCUUAACUGCCACACAUGGUGGCAGGUGUUAGAUUCUGUCCUUCACUCUCAGAGAAAGCGUGUUUUACUAGCAGCUUCAAAACUUCAUAAGCUAAAGCCUGAAGGAUUUAUGAAAGUCCUAAAGAAUGAAGUGGAGCUUAUGGCUCAGAUGACCAAGUCUAUUGAUGGCUUUACUCAGAAUCAGACGCGACUUGUGGUUGUUAUUGAUGGAUUGGAUGCAUGUGAACAAGAUAAAGUGCUGCAGAUGCUAGACACAGUACGGGUUCUGUUUUCAAAAGGACCCUUUAUUGCCAUUUUUGCCAGUGAUCCACAUAUCAUCAUAAAGGCUAUCAAUCAAAAUCUGAACAGUGUUUUAAGAGACUCUAAUAUAAAUGGACAUGACUAUAUGAGGAAUAUAGUCCAUCUGCCAGUUUAUCUUAACAGCCGUGGGCUUAGUAGUACAAAGAAAGUCUUUGCAGCAGUGCCAUCUAAUGGAGAUGUAGGAAACUCGGAUUGUACAAGUUGGCAUGAAGAUAACGAUCGAAAACUUUCACAACACAGCUUGGGAGAAUUGACCAAACUCGGCAGUAAAACAGCACUCAAUAGAAGGGAUACAUAUCGUCGUCGACAAAUGCAGCGGCAAGUUACACGGCAAAUGUCUUUUGAUCUGACCAAACUUCUGGUUACUGAAGAUUGGUUCAGUGACAUUAGUCCUCAGACUAUGAGGCGAUUGCUCAACAUUGUUUCGGUGACCGGGCGUUUGCUAAGGGCUAACCAAAUUUGUUUCAAUUGGGAUCGGCUUGCCUCUUGGAUAAACCUCACAGAACAAUGGCCGUACAGGACCUCUUGGCUCAUUCUAUAUCUGGAAGAAACUGACAAUGUUCCAGAUCAUCUCACCCUGAAAAAUACCUAUGAAAAAAUUUCCAAAAACAUACCAACGACCAAAGAUGUGGAGCCACUUCUAGAAAUUGAUAGUGAUAUUCGCAGCUUUGAAAUUUUCCUAUCUUCAAGAAUGCCCAUUCUUUCAGCUCGUGAUGUAAAAAUAUUUCUACCAUGCACAGUGAAUCUGGAUCCUAAACUGCGUGAGAUUAUUGCAGAUAUCCGAGCAGCUAGGGAGCAGAUGUCCACUGUAAAUAUCACCGGGAUUCCUUAUCCUGCACUACCCUUUCAGGAAGCUCCACCUCGAGCUGUGUCAGUGUUCAGCCAGGCACCAUCUGUCUGCUCCUCCUCAGCUUCUUUCAAUGGUAAUGUAGUAUCACCGCAACAUCCCAGCAGCUAUUACAGUGGCAUGGUUGGACAGCAGCAUCCGUUUUAUAAUCGGCCAUAUUUUGCCCCUCCUAUUUGUUACGUGCCAAGGCAAUACUUUGGUAGUUUGCAGCAUCCUGUCUCGCGUUCAUCAACUAAAACCAGUUUGUCGAGAGAACAGAGCAGUAAUCUAGAGGUGAUCGAGGAGGCUGUUGAUGAGGGGCUUCCUUCCCCCACAGACACCUCACUGCUUGAAUUAAAACAGGUGGGCAAUUCCAUUGCAUCAGCUUACACUACUGCUCCACUCAGUUCAAUGAAUGUGGAUGCUAUUUGUGAAAAACUUAAACAGUUGGAAGGAAUUGACCAAACCAUGGUGUUUCAGUACAUUUCCACUAUCAGAAAGGCAAACAUUAAUGGGAGGGUAUUAAUUCAAUGUAAUCUGGAUGAACUGAAGAAAGAAUUAAACAUGAAUUUUGGUGACUGGCAACUUUUUAGGAACAUGGUGUUUGAGAUGCGCCACUUGGAUUCACAAGUACUUCAAGAAGAAAUGAGAGCUGCUGGAGAAAAUGCGCCAGCACAAAAUUCUGCUCUUCAUGUAGCAAAUAGUGAUUAUGCUGGAAACUCUGAACUUCCUGGGCAUUCCUCAAAGGAAACCUUCAGCCUAACUUUCAGCUUUGAGGAACUGAGAGCUGUUGAUGUUGAAGAACCAGCACGACAUAGCACUUCUAGUUGGCAGUUAAAUCAUCAAAGAACACCAAGUGCUUCAAGUAUCAACUCUCUGGAAUCUUCCAAUGACCUUUCCAGACUCACAGACAAGCAGCAGGCUGAAUACAGGGAUGCCUAUAAAGAAUAUAUUGCACAGAUGGCUCAGUUAGAUGAUCCAUCCAUCUCCACAACUGCCAACACUGACAAGUCAAAUCUGUCUGCGCCGUACAAUUCUGGUCCGCUUUUUAUAGGGAAGGGCAUUUCAGGAGCUCCAUUUCAAACCACAUUGGAGCAAGACACUGAGCAGAAGCAAUAUGAUGAUAAGAAAUCUUUUGUGGUAAAGAGAGAUAAUAUUCCACGUGGAGGCAAGUCUUCUAUGAGUGACCUUAGCGAUUAUACAUCAUCCACUGUUUCUACAUCUGAUGCAUCACCGUUAGAUCCCAUCACUGAAGAAGAUGAAAAACCAGACCCUUCAACAUCAAAACUUCUGUCUCGAAAGAAAUCUUCAGACAAGGGGAAUAUCUUCCAAGGUGCUGAUUUAACACUGAAAGGCUUGCAUUAUCAGAAACUACCCAGUGAUGAAGAUGAAUCUGGUCAAGAAGAAGCUGAUUAUGACCGACUUCUUAAAGGUAGUAAGAUAGAAGGGAGAAACGAAAAACAAACCAAUUCAACUGAAAAUGGAAAUGAAGCUGUUCAAUCCCUCGUUAAAUCAAAGGAAUAUCUUUCUGAUGCCAUGCUUGAUAAAAAAGAUUCAUCAGACUCUGGUGUCAGAUCCAGUGAAAGUUCGCCAAACCACUCCCUCCGUGAUGAAACUGAAGACAGCCAGUUGGAGAAGACUAACUUGAUAGAGUUGGAAGAUGAUCAGUCCAGAGAUAAAAGAGGUAUACCUAACAGUUUAAGCGGCCUUCACGACUCAAGUGUUGCACGUAUGUCAAUAUGCUCUGAAGAUAAGAAGAGCCCUACUGGUUCCACCUCUGAAUGCAGCCUGUUGGCCAGUAGUCCAGAGGAAAAUUGGCCUGUAACUCACAAAACGUUUAAUGUAACCAACAUCAACAGAACAGCAAGCACAGAGACGCUGAAUAACAACAGCAAUCCUUCUACCAGGCUGCAGAAUACAGAUGAAAAUGAGAGCAAAGAAUUCAGAGAAACUGCCGGUGAUCCUGAACACUUGGCAAAGAAUGCACCUCGAGUUGUCCAUGCAACAGCAGGCUCAGCUGUGGGCAAGUCACCAGUCCAGAAUGAUACAUAUGCAGCUUCAUUCAAGAAUGACAACUUACGAGGUUUAAGUAUUAAGCGGGGCCUUGCAUCUAAAGCUCAAUCAAAUUUUGUCAAGCACACAAAAGGUACCGCCUCUGAGUUGCAUGCAGUUGGUCCCAGUGAUUCAUAUGGGGAAGAGCGGGAAAGCAUCCUGUGAAGAAAAAAAAGUAAUUUCUCGAAGAUUUGUUUGAUAAAUGGCAUAUCCAAGACACAUUGCAUUCUUAGAAAUUCUUCAUUUGGCUAACUUUAUGAUAUCACACCUUCUUGGUUUGUUUUAGUAGCAUUUACAUCAAGUAUUAGAUUAAUUCUAUCAAGACGGUGUUAUAUGUAUAAGUAAUAUAUGACAGUGAUAUUAUUUAAUGUUUUUUGUAUCCUAUGCCAUUGUGAGCUAACAUACCUUAUGUUUGUAAUUUUAGUAUUUGUCACCCUGCAAGUUCUAACUGUAAAUGUGGUCAGUAUUGAGUGCACUGUGUAUUUGUUCAAAUAUUAAAUAUGAAUAUUAGCUUUACUGUUGUAAGUAUUGUUAUGAUAGUGGUGUUUAUGUGGACUCUGAUUUUAAUUGUGUAUGUCACAGUUGAACAGUGCCUGGGACUUGUGCUUUUGAUAGGUAAUCUGUGAUUGUUAAACAAAAUUCUUAGACUUUUUCUGAUGUGUUUGUUAGCUUGGCUGUUAAUAUUGUUUAAUGUCAAAAUAUCUUAAUAUAUGGGUUUGUGUUUGUUAUCUGUAAUUGUGAAAAAGCUGAUGUUUUGUGUAACUACUGUUGAAAUAAAUAGCUGUGGUGAUAAUGUCUUGUUAUUUCCAAUAAGCUAAAUUAAAUAUUGUCAAAUGUUAAUGCUCACAGCUGAAUCCA